AUGUCUCGAAUUGAUGCUGAACUGGCCCACGAAUUGAAGGAGUUGACUUUCGAAUGGGGCGAUGGCUAUGACGAGAAGAACUGGGAUCGGCUUCGCAAAAUACUGGCACCGGAGCUGUUGGUCGACUACACGGAGGUGACGGGCAAGAAGUGGGAUGCUCUUCCGAAAGAAGAAUUCGUCGGCAUGGUCAGUAGCGCAGGCUUCGUCGGUGACCCUCUGGUCGAUACCCAACACUUCAUCGGGGGCUCAAAAUUUGAACGAACGGGCGAAGACUCCGUGACGGGCUUCCAUCAGCUGCGUGCUGCUCAUCAGAGAUAUACUGGCCCGGAUAAGAAGACAGUUGAAGCCAAAGGCCAUGGCCAUGCUUUAAUCAGGCAUUAUUAUCGGAGAGUUGACGGGAACUGGAAGUUGGCCGGGCUAAAGCCCACGGUGAGAUGGAACGAGUUUGAAUUCGAGAAGAUUUUCAAGGGUCAUUAA